AUGGCCAGCUGGGCAAAUCGUCCUCCCAUCGAAAGCAACGGUGGUCCGUCCUCGUCGCGCAAGAAAUGGAAUCUUGAAGAUAAAAAAUCGUUGCGGAAUCUAAAGUACCACUUUGCUGAAGAUGGUUGCUCGGAAGUUCAGUUUACACUGGCCAAGCAGUUGCUGGAAGAAAAUGCCGAAACUGAUCCAGCACACAACCACGCACAAGGCGUACACUGGUUGCUACGCGCCGCUCAGCAAGGACAUGAAGCAUCGAUCGAACUGUUACGGGAAUGCUAUGAAACUGGCCGCGGCAUUACGGAGGCCAACGAGGAAGACGUUCGAACCAUUUUGGCUAUGAGUCCGGGUGAGCGGUCUGCCCGGCGUGCUGCCCAAGAACUGUUUGCAAGUCUUUCGAACGGCGAAGAAUACGUUACAGCAGCACAGCUGGAAAAGCGUAUGCGUGAAAUUUAUAAAAUGGAUAAAAAGCGCAGCCGAACCCAACCGGAUGGUGCCGAGGCGGAAGGAAGCAUGGAACACAGUUUGGGUGGUGGUCCAUCCGAUGGUAGAAGAUCUCAUGCAGGUGAUUCACCUAUCGGUAGCCCCAAUGGUGGUUCUCAUCGGUUAAAUCGUAGCUCCACCGUGAACCACAUUUCGGAAGCGCACCUCUUGGCAGCCGCUGUCAAUUACUCGAACGGACAUCUACCGGCUGUGAGUAACGCACUUAUGCUGUCGGUACCGGAUCCACACAGCUUGAACCACGUACCAUGUUUUCAUCGUCCGUUUUUCCAUCCCUUAAUGUUUUUCCAACUACUUUACCAUCGUUUCGUAUCGCUGUUGUCCACGUUUCCCGGUUCGAACGGUGGCAGCUGGAUGCAGCUGUGCCUUAUUCUUGUCACUUACUGGUACUUUGCGAGCGAUAAUCUCGUAUCUCUUUUGCCCGUCGGUGGAUACUACUUAAGCCUCGCCGUAAUGGUACUGUGCAGCUUUCGAAUGCUCAAGUCCAAGCAUGACUUUAUCGACUUUCGCAUGUGGUCUGGGCUGUUUCUGCGGUACGGGGACGAGCAUCUAAACACGGACGACUCGGAAAAUCAGUACCUACGCAACAACCUCAAACCGUACAUCUAUUUCUUUACGGCUUUCUUCAUCAACAUGGUGCUACAGCCGAACAUUAACGACCAGUGGCUACCGUUUUCCGAGAUUACCGUGCUGGCCUUUGCACUAACUUUCCUGACGAUGUUCGCCUUCAUCUACACCUCGAGGAACUCCUUUCCGGACUAUUUGAUCCUGUUCUCGUUCGGAUUGAACGUACUUGCCAAGUACCCGUACGAAAUGGAUGACGUCGUGACGACUGGUUGGCGAUUUUUGGACCUUAAAGUACCAGGCUUCUCUACGUUCGUCAUCGGGAAUGGAAUUGAGUUUUGUUUGAAUUGCCGCGCGAUGCUCUAUCUCAUGAUUCCGGGUUUUCUGAUGUACAUUGCGCGGCGUAACGACUGGCGGGGCAUCUACCAGUAUCUUAUCCCUCACUGCGUAACACUCGCUUGGUUGCAGAUCUGCAUCAUUAGCUCCCAGUCGGCUACAAUGUUUGGAUUGGUGAGAGGCGCACUCGGACUGUCGGGAUUGUUGUUGUUCCUUCCGCUCUUCGGCAUCGUAACACUGCUUAUUCCGGUAUUCGCCGUCAUCGAGUGGCUUUCACUAACGGAUUCUACUGUGCGGCUCUGGUCAUCGAUUGCCGCUGCCAUGACGGCAAUUGCCAUCUCCGGAUACAUGGCUAGCUCACGACGAACGGAAAGAUACAUUACCUUUUUGCAGAUCGCGAUUUGUGUGAUCGGGACCGUUUUUCUUACGCUGCCCCAUAUGAUGUCCAACUUUGAGACGAUUAGUAUGAAUGAAAAUCGUCUGUUUGAAUCGACAGCGUCUGACUCGCUCGGUGAUCAUCGUGACCAAACAAGUGGCCGUGAUACACUACCGUCGAGUCUGAGCUGGGAUCUGUACUACAAGUUCUGUCACCAGCCCGCCUGGGAUUCGGAGAAUAAAGUGAAAACGCAACUUCGUUGCACCAACUUGGAUGGCACAUUUGUCCGUUGGGAAGGAACUGUGGUGGAUAUGGCUAUAUCGAGCCGACGAAACCUCCGAGCACAGCUGAUCGAAGGAUAUCUGCCAAAGUUUCUAGCUGAUCGCAUCAACUGCAUCUAUGGCGAACCUAUCGAACCUGAUUGCGGCAAUUUGAAUGGAUCGGUCGAGGGUGAAUGUGAAAAUUUAAAACACUUCAUGCAACGACAGCGCACAUGUCAUCUUAACAAAUGGAACACCUACGAAUAUGAACUGAAGAUACGAAUGUCAAAUGGACUCCUCACGAAACCUGUGGAAGUAAUACUGAAAGCACAACACGCUUUCGGUAACUUCACCCAAAGCCUUAACUAUUCCGAUCGCGUAUGGUUUGUGGGUGUGCUGAGGGAUUCUGCCCAGUCUGGACACCCUUCAACCGGCACCACUGAGCAAACACACUGGGACACAGUAAAUGGUGGAUUUAGCCUGAACCUGGAAGGACCUGCAAGUAGUUUCGGUGUGAACACUAUGCGAUUGGGGCGCAAGAACCCAUUGGUCGAGCUUCAUUCUAUUGGUUGCCGACAGUGCCGUAAUUCUGACUUGCCGGCUGUCCACCUCAACGAGGGUUUGAAGGUAAAUGGUCGGAUGCGGGAUUUACUGCGCGGUGUAAAGUAUUUGCUGAACGUUAUAUUCAACCCACUGGUGAUCUUCAAGUAA